AACGUGAAAUGGAGGGAGUUGGGCGCAGAGAAUCGAUAAGAAUAUUUUUUUGCCUGGAUUGAGUAGAACAAUGAUUCAAGCAAGGUGCGAGAGAGACAUAAAAUAAUGAGAGAAACCAACGAAUAAGACAGCAGUUAAAGGUAGAACAAGGCACAGUGUACAUACUUUAUGAUGAAAAAAAAAAUAUUGUCCCAUUUCAUCUCAUCCAUGCUCCAUGGGUCAUGGGUGUCAUUCUCAAUAAAACCAAAGCCCAUUCUUGGUAUUUCCGCAUCUCCCAAGUUCUCGUCUAUUUAACGCCUCCAUCCAUGGAAACUCUAACCUCUUGCUCUUGCUUAUACUAACUAACUCUUCUUGAGAAACUCUUUCUCACACGCCAAGAGUAACAUGGGAUUUCCAGUGGGGUACACAGAGUUGAUGCUGCCGAAGGUGUUUCUGCAGGUGCUAUCCGUAUUGGGCUUGAUAAGAAAACUCAUCACCGUCCUCUUGUGCUACAUGGGCUUCCACGAUUUCUUCGAAUCCGACAUUGCGUGGCCGGAGAGGGCGCCGGAAUUCCAGUCGGUGUGGGCGGUGCUCAUAAGGGAAAUCCUACCGGUGGUGAAGUUCUCGGAGAUGGAGAUGGAGAUGGCGGAGGCGCCGGAGAGCUGCGCGGUGUGUCUGUACGAGUUCGAGGGAGAGGACGAGAUCAGACGGCUGACGAACUGCCGCCACAUAUUCCACAGAGGGUGUCUGGACCGUUGGAUGGGAUACGAUCAAAGAACGUGUCCCCUGUGUCGGACACCCUUCAUACCCCACCAUAUGCAAGCUGCCUUCAAUGAUAGACUUUGGGCUGCUUCAGGGAUUCCUGAUUUCUAUUACAAUCAUGAAUGACUCUAGGGAAAAAAAAUCCUAGAUUUGGGGACGGGAGUGUUCUGUUUAGGUUGUUGAGUAUGUGUUCAGUGUUCAAUGUUCGUGUAAAUAUUAUACAAAAUGGAAAGCGGAGAAUUGUUGUUAAAUAUAUCCAUUUUAUUUAGAUUGUUAAUUAAUUCCAGCUAGCUGCGUUGAGAUUUUAUUUUUAGUGUUAGGGUCUUUUUGGAUUACUACUAUUUUCAGUGUUAGGGACUGAUCUUACUAUUGUUAAUUAUUUAUUUGUUUAUUAACCGAUUGGUAAGA